CCUCAUUCCACGACGUUGCUGGCAACAGAUCUGUAACAAACUGCUGCCUAUUCCCUGUGUACAACGCGCGUCCCAACAGCCUGACUGACGGAAGAUCUGGGUGUCGCGCAACCUUUGACCGGCCGUGGCUGUACCGGCGUUGCUGCCAUUCUCGUGUACGUGACACCUGAAAACCCGGAGCCUCUGUGGUCUGCCCGUUAGCUCCUUGGGAAAUCAUCAACGAUGGUGCUCGGCUUCGGCUCAAGGUCGACAAAGAAAAAGGGCCAGGGGGCCGACGACAGAGUCGUCCGUACCUCGCCUUCGCUGCCCGAGAUGUCCAGCCAGGGCGUCGCCUGGCCGUCCGACCUCGUCGACAUGGCCUCUAUCCGUCAUAUGCCACAGCAGGCUGGUGCACCACCAGGCGCGACAAAGGUCUCGUUCUCAGCUCAGGAUGGAAAUGUUGUUAUACCGUUCCAUAGACCGUUCCGCGGCUCAAUUAGCAGCAAGUCUGCUCCCAAUGCGCGUGAUACUGUGCGUUCUACGGGAACGAUCGCGUCUUUGUAUAUGUCGCCACCAGGUCAUCCACCCUCUGCGUUUGGAACAAGAACACAAGAACGCUCGGGCACACCCCAUUCGUCGCGGACGAGACAUAGUCAUAGUCAGAGAAAGCGCGUCGCCCCUACUUUCAACUUGAUGGUUGCGGGGAAGCAGGGGACUGGCAAGAGUUCCCUUCUUCGCCUUCUUGUUGACACGGCGGACAUCUCACCUUCCGCCACGGCUGAGCAACGCGCUGCUAUGGACCGUUUUCUACGAGACAGUACUAAGAGGACGGAUAGGAUCGACACGGCUUGUGUGGAGAUCUGCGAGUCGCGGUUCGAUCGCAUUCUGUUGUCUGUCAUCGACACGCCGGGGUUAGACUUCCAGGAUGGGCAUGAACUCAAGUUGGAACGGCAGGUCUCUGGGAUUAUUAAGUAUCUUGACCUCCAGUAUGCAGAUACUAUGGAUGAAGAAUCCAAGGUCGUGCGGAAGAGUAAAGGCGACCAACAUGUACACUUAUGUAUAUACAUGAUUGAUCCGGAAUCAAUUAUGACAGCAGCGGAGCGCAAGGCCGCGACUUCAACGCCCUUCCAUCUGAGAAUUUCUGCGAUGGAGAACAGCGCCACCAGUGACGAGGAUCGAUUGAAAAUGGAUCCUACGGACCUGCGAAUUAUACGCCGACUUUCUGAGCGUGUGAAUGUACUUCCAGUCAUUGCGCGCUCAGAUCUUUUGACAGACGAGAAGUUGCAUGCGGCGAAAAAUGUCAUUCGACGAGACUUGUAUGAUACAAAGCUCGGAUUCAGCGUAUUUGGGACUCCGAAGGUUGAGGAGGUGCCUGUCGAGUCUGCGCGGCCUUUAAGUGCUGGCGAAAGCGCCGAGACCAAUGGGUCUUUGAAUGGAAACGGAAGUGGAUCACAGACCGAUGAGGGUUUCGGGGAUGAAGAGAGUGAAGAGGAAGAAAGGCGUGCUCGUCCAGUCAUCAAACUUAAUCCGAAGCGAAGGCCGUUAACACGCUCAACGUCUCGUUCACGCCUCGAACACGUUGCAGAGGAUAAACGCGUCCCCGUACCCCUCGAUGCGGCGGAUCCAGAAAGUCUCGCGAGUAUACGCUUCAGUGCGACGUACCUCGCGCAGCGUACACGACAACUCUCGGACUUGAUGCCCUUUGCUGUGAUCAUGCCCGAACAUACGGGACGCGUACGUCGUGCACUGAAGGCACCACCUCUCAGACCCGUGUCAACAGCGUAUUCGAUGGAAAGCUCAGCGUAUCCUCAUACACCUGUCACGCAGAAUGGGGACGCUGUGGAUUUUGCAUCGUCAGACGACCAACAUGACCGUGGGUCCGCUACGCCGACGACGGCAACGGCACCUGCGACGCUGAAGUCGCCCACUUCGACUGAGAAUUUGCCUUACAUCGCGGGCCCGCCCAGAGACCUGAAGGGCGUGUUUACGCGUCGGUUUAGGUGGGGUGUUGUGGAUGUGCUUGACCCAGAUCAUUGUGAUUUCGCGGCUUUGCGGACUGCUAUUCUUUCCACUCAUUUCAAGGUUCUGAAAACGACGACAAAGGAAGUUCUGUACGAGAAGUAUAGGACUGAGAAACUACUCGCUCGACGAGCUACGCGUAAUAUCAGUGAGGAAGAUCGGAAGCGGUUGUUGGAAGAAAUGGGUCUUUGAUUUAUAUUCCUUGUAUGCUUAUACGUGCUUUUCGUUUACCCGGAUAUCUUUUAUAUCUUUUACCCCUCAAUAUCUUGUCUGCAUUAUCGGUCUCGGCCUUGCCUUUUUCUCAUUAUUCCCUAACUUUCAUGAAAUCCGUGUUUUUGGAUAUACCCGAACUGACUGGGUGACUUCCUGACUAACUCCUCUACACUCCUUCAUUACCCGGAGAAAAAGACUAUUUUUUUCUUUCUAUUUCUCAUUUAUCUCGGUUUGUCACACCCUCACUGAAUACUUUUUGUUUAACUUUUGUGGUCAAUCGGUUUGGUUUGUUGACCGAUUGCUGACUCUAUGUGCCCCGAAAUACCUUCGGAGUCACUGAUAUCUGGUUUGUCUAAGAUUGUAUAUGAUGAUUACUGUGUU